AUGAACGCGCUUGUGUUACUUCUUAUUGCUUGCUUUGCAAGAUCUGAAGAGUCCUAUGUCAUCAAAGAGGGAAAGUUUGAGGAAGGGUGGCACAUCAACUCAACUGAUGGAAAUGUGGGAAUUGUGAAAAUCAAUGGACUUGAGUACAUUAAUGGAUCCAUCAAAGAAUCAAUACAAUUUGUCAAUGACUUUACCACAGAUGUAAAGAAGUACACAACACUCCAGUUCUACAUGGUAUUUGAAAGCAAAGACAAUGCCCCAGUGACAUUCAAGCUUGAUGUAGAAGACGUUACUUACCAAGACGGUGUUGAGUUUAUUGCCAACGUGACCAACACUUUCAUUGGGAUUUCCGGAGUAGAAAACAAGGUCACUAUUCCAAUAACCGUUAACUCCACCCAGAAAAUCACUCUUUCUCUCAACGACCCAGAUUCAAACGACGACCUUACUGUCUCAGUCAGAGAAGUGAAAUUGUCAACAUCAAACGAAUUUGUUUCUGUUGAUAUUGAAUUGUCAAUCAACACCGAGGAGUCAACCAUCAAAUCAGUUGAAAAGAGUGUUGUGAAAUCUGUCGAAGAAAGUGUUAUCAAGUCAGUGGAAAGUGUGGUCAAAUCAAUUGAGAUUAGCAUUGAAGAGUCAAAAGAAGAGUCUGUUGUUAAAAGCAUUGCAAAAUCUGAAGAAGAAAAUAGUAAAGAGCCUUCGACCAGUGUUGAACCUUGUGAGAAAGUCCAUUUUGAGCCAAUUACAUUCGUGUGCACAAGUGGAGUUACUGGUGUUGCCCUUGUAGCAUUCCUUGGAGUUCUUGCUUUGUUGUAA